GAGCAUCCAAGGCCGAUUGGAGCAUCUGCAGCGCUAUGGCAGCGCUUUGCUAGCCUUGCGUUGCGUGGAUGAGACCUUUUAUGAGUUUCUGCGCAACCGAUUACAAAAUAGUUUUUACCCCGUAAAGAGUUAGCCAUCACAGCAGUUCACAGAACUUGUGGACAUCGGGCGGUGCGAGUAUCCGUUGAGCUUUCAGCGGAGGUGUAGCUGAGGUUGGACCGCGACCAUGGAUUCUCUGAUGCAAACAAACCUCUACGAACUCUUGCAGAUCGCAGUCGGCGCUGACGAGAAAGAGAUCAAGAGUGCGUACCGAAAGAAGGCGCUGACAUGCCACCCGGACAAGAACCCCGACAACCCACGAGCAGCCGAACUCUUUCAGCAGCUGUCCCGUGCCUUGGAGGUGCUCACCGAUCCGGCGGCGCGGAGUGCAUACGAUGCUGUGCUCAAGGCUCGCGAAGCGGCCAAGAUCCGGCACCAGGGGCUCGACGCCAAGCGUCGCAAGCUCAAGGAAGAGCUGGAGGCCCGCGAAGGGCCGGGGCAGGAAGCAGCGGCAGCGUUAACGGCCCAGCAACGACUCAAGAAAGAAGUGGAGAGGCUACGUCGCGAGGGAUCUCGGCAGCUGGCUGAAGAGCGGGAGCUCCUGCAACGCCAAAUGGAAAAGCAACAGACGCAGCAAAGGGAGCAACAGCAGGCCGAUCUGACAAGGGUAAAGGUUCGUUGGAAGCAGCAACCUGGGUUUAGGGGCUACACCGAGACAAGCCUGCGACAGCGGCUUUCCCAGUAUGGAACUAUCUGCUGCUUGGUGUUUCGCAAUGGAUCGGCUCUUGUAGAGUUCGAGCGACCAUCCGCAGCCCGCCUGGCAUCCCAGCUCGAACAAGGGAGCCCGGAUGAAGGCCCACUGACUGUUCGCCUGUUAGGUGAUACAACAGGAGGCGAGAGCACGCCACCUGCACCACCACCACCGCAGCCGAUGCGAACGCUGCACGACGACGACGACUAUGAGGAUCUGGUGCUAAGAAAGCUGCAGCAGGCUGCCGCUGCUUCACAGCCAUCGUAAACAUGGUUGGACUGUGCUUCGGCAUCACGCAUGCUUCAGGUCUGGCGCCUUGCAAGAACUUCCUGCAUGCAGCUUCGAAAUGGCCGUGUGGUGCCAGGUGCUCAGUUAAUGCGUACUGUAGAGACUGUGCUCAUGCACAUUGCGCCAACGAUCUCGAUCUCCUGUGACGUGAAUGUUCCUGGUGACCUUCUAGCCCUGUAGAUGGACUGUGAUUGUGGCAAUAGGUUUUAUUUGAAAUAAAAACACCUGUGGCCUCUUUCACAAUGUCUACGUGGUUAUACAAACGCACUGGCGUCUGGUAUCCCAGCUCGAACAAGGGAGCCCAGGUGAAAGCCCACUGACUGUUCACCUGUUGGACGAUGCAAGACGCAACUAAAGCACACUGCCUGCACCACCGCUACAGCCGAUGUGAACACUACACAACGAUGGCGAUCCGCCGCCACUUCGCAGCCAUCAUAAACGUCGUUGGACUGUGCUUCAGCAUCACACAUGCCUCGGAAGUCUCAUGCCUUGCAAGAACUUUCUGCAUGCAGCCUUGAAACGGUCAUGUAGUGCUAGAUGCUCAGUUCACCAUUUACUGCCACUGUCAUCGUGGCAGAAAUUUUUUUUUGAAAUAAAAACGCCUGUUGCCUA